CUAGAUGAAAUAUCCGCACUACAAUUUUGGAAGUACUGUCGAAGCUGGGGUUCAACGUCACACUCUUUCAUUGGCAAUGACCGUAUUUGCCGAAUAUGGCCGAUACCCAUUUCUCGUGACACCUUAUCGUUGGCAAAUCCACGCAUUCCCCAUGCUGGAUUUCCGUCGUACCAUGUAGCAGCAAGAGCUGAAUAUUGAGUGAGCGUACAAAGCACAUAAUAAAACUGUUGCUGAUAGUAGUAGCCGCUCACAUCGCGAUAGAAAUAAACGAGACCCAGUGUGAUCACUAAUGCCACAAGGAGAUAA